UUAGGAUGAAAUAGUCUUCAAAUUAAAAUGAUAAAAAGAUGGUUUUCAUCUCCGGUUGCCAGACAUUAUUUUGUCUGGAAACAGAAGGAACACUCAAAAACUAAACUAAAAUAAGAAUUUGAAAAUAUGUGUUUUUGUUGUUGUGAAUAUUCAGUGAAGUGUGAUAGUAUAAGUUUUUAAAUUUCAGAAUCACUUUUGUUUUAUCUGUAGACAGAUUUGAUACAGUUUAUUAGUUGUUGAUUUUUUCAGUCUGGCGGCAUUAUGGGAUGAUUGCUUUUUAUUUUGAAUAAACAGUGUUGUGGAGUAUCUAUAGAAGGCUUUUUCAAAAACCUGCUGUUGAAUUAUAUUUAGCUACAGAUUUUACUUGGUGUCAUUUGAAUAUAAUACACAAGGAAAAAAAUAUAAAAAUGUUCAGUUGUGUAGUUUAAAAAAUAAAAUGAAAAGCAGCCACGCUAUUAUUAACCGAUGUUUAUAAAUGGGCUUCUGCAUCGCAUUCACAAGAGACUGUGAUCAAACAUCUGAAAGCACAUAUCUGGAGGACGUGUGUGUGUGAGAGUGGUGAGGCAACUGGGGGAAGAAAUCGGUGACAAGACAGAGCCUGAGCCAGAAUAUUUAUAGACAGUGAGAAAUUGAUACUGAUUGUGCGGCAGAAGGCAGAGAGACAGAUGACAGGGAGAGAAAGAGCGAGAGAGAGAGCGAGAGAGAGGGAGUGGGCCGGGCUUUAAAUAUGUGAGAACAACGGCACGCCGGGCCGGUGGGGCAGAAAGGAAGCGUGAGACGAAGGAGGGGAGGAAGGGGAGUGUGCGAGGUUAAGUGCUUUUAAGAGUGUGCGCGGAUGUGUGUGUGAAUCAGAUGGAGACUGGGGGUCAGACUGGGAGUGGAGGAUGCUGGAGGAAGAUGAGGAGUAACAGGGCGAGGCAGCAGCACGAGCUGUAGGACUGCGUGUGUCUGUGUGUGUGUGUAAGUGUGUGUGUGUGAGCCCAUGGAUGCAGUCAGGUCUCUCUGAGAGGCAGCAGCACAGCAUCGCUCACCAUGCUGAGCCCCAAGAUAAAGCAGGCACGCCGGGCAAGGUCCAAGAGCAUGGUGCUGGGGGAACUGUCCCGGGUCUCAAGGCCCUGCUCACCUUUGGACCAGGAGAAAGCUCUGAAGGCUGGUUGGCUGAAGAGACAGCGGAGCAUCAUGAAGAACUGGCAACUUCGAUGGUUUGUCUUGCGGACUGAAGCCCUCUACUUUUACAAGGAUCAGGAUGAGACCAAGGCCCAGGGGUGUAUUCCUCUGCAGGGCAGCCAGGUCAAUGAAGUGCCAGCCAGUCAAGACGAACCUGGUCGCCACUUCUUUGAAAUUGUUCCAGGAGCAAGUGCAGACAAGGAUCGAACGGGUGUAAGUCACGAAUCUUUCCUGCUGAUGGCAAACUCUCAGAGUGAUAUGGAGGAGUGGGUGCGAGCGAUCCGGAGAGCCAUUUGGGCCCCUCUCGGAGGGGGUGUUUUUGGGCAGCACUUAGAGGAGACGAUGCAAUAUGAAGGACAAUCCGGACCCCAGCGCCAGGUUCCGGUGUUGGUCGAACAAUGUGUGUGUUUUAUACGUGAAAGCGGUCUUAAAGAAGAAGGACUUUUCCGGGCUCCUGGACAAACCAACCUUGUUCGAGAGUUACGGGAUGCAUUUGACCGUGGAGAGAAGCCAGUGUUUGACAGUACCACGGAUGUCCACACUGUGGCGUCGCUGCUAAAACUGUAUAUUAGGGAGCUGCCUGAGCCAGUAAUCCCUUUUUCCAAAUACACACAGUUUCUCUCGUGUGCUCCACUGCUCACCAAGGACAAAGAAACGGGGGUCGUGGAGCUCUGCAAGCAAGUGAACUGUCUUCCUCAGGUCAACUAUAAUCUCCUUGAAUACAUCUGCAAGUUUCUAUAUGAGGUCCAGUCCCACGCUAAUGAGAACAAAAUGAGCGUACAGAACUUGGCCACUGUCUUUGGACCUAACAUUCUCCGGCCCAGAGUGGAGGACCCCGUAACUAUGAUGGAGGGAAGUUCUCAGGUGCAGCAUCUGAUGACCAUUCUGAUCAGUGAACAUCUGCGACUUUACCAGCGUCAGGAACUGGAAGCUGAGACCAAAAUUGAUCCACAGCAGGUACAUGCUACGACCGCAAAGGGUAAAGCAGAGUGGGUGGCACAAGAGAACAAUGACACCCAGUCCUCCUCAGGAAUAAGCUCCAAAACCUCCAGAGAGGGAUCCAGACCGUCCACGCCGUGUCUAGAUCGAAGCCUGCUGGCUUCAAGCCCGACUCCCUCUGAGAAUGAAGGAAUGUGCAGUGCUCAAAUGGAGGAGAAGUCUGAGGAGCUAAGUGAAGGCAAGAGGGAGCGAAAGGGUGAAGGUGAAGUUAGCCCCAGUAAACAGCCCAAAGCCCCUCCCGCAUGGAGGAGCUCUAUUAAGGGCAGUGCCGCAUCUGGGGGGUCAAGGGGAAAAAUGGGUGGAUCAGCAGGAGACGUGUCAGCAGCUGGGGGGAGCAACUGGCUGAUGAAUGGCCUGUCAUCGCUCCGAGCUCACCGCCGCACCACCUCAUCUGGAGAGAGACUCAAAGACUCUAAUCUCUCUCUGAAGGACUCGACUCUCUCCCUUAAAGAGACCACACUUAAGGACUCACAGAGAGACACCAGCGAGGUCUCGUCUUUGACACCACUCGCUCACCGAGGCCUCCAACAAUCCCACCGACUUUCCGCCUACGACAACGUCGCUCCGUCGAGUCUGAGCUUGCCAGCUGACUCCUCCACCAUUUGGACCGCGUUUGAGAUCCCCUUGUCAGAGCCAGAGGGAAGAGAUGGCGAAAGAAAGCAAGAGCACGGUCAAGAAACAGAAGAGGGGGAUUCUACGACUGCCACAGAUGACUGUGGCGCUGAGGAGGAUGAUACCGGACCAAAUGAUGAUCUUCAUGUGGUGGCAGAGCUCAAGCAGGAGCUGAAGAAGCAGAGGAAGACAUUUGAAAGCUGCAUUCGGAAGUUGGAAGAAUCCUGCACUAAGUACCAGUCCCAGGUGACGCGACUGGAGGAGCAGUUGGACCAAGAGAAGAAAAAAUUCCACAUGCUGGAGAUCCGACUCAGGAACUCGGAGCGGGCCCAUCAGGACGCCGAGAACCGCAACAUUCUUCUGCAGAAGGAGAUGGAGGAGUUCUUCCACACCCUGGGAGAUCUGACGACACGGACCGACUAAAACGGACUGAACUUGAAUGGGUCCAACAGAGGAGCUUGAACACUGACAGGACACGCCAGCCUCAAAGCUUCAAAGACCAAAUACCUCCAGUGCUGUACUACUUUGCCAUCAUGUCCUUUUUAGCUCCAGUGCCUACACGACCAGUGCCGGUGCCAAAUGACAACUCCUCUGGACCAAAAAUAAAAAAUAAAAAACAGAAGAAUGAAUGAGAGUGCUAUAGAAAAGGUAGAUAUAAUGUAGCAGGUUAUUUAUUGUCUCAUCUGUCAGAAACCAUAAAAAGCCUUAUUGCCAUCGUAACAGCUUAGUCGUGUUUACAAGGACGGCAACUCACUUGAAUGUUAUCUUAAAUGUAAGAAGGCUGUUGUUGAAUUACACGUAGAAUCUCAAAGGUUUCAGGCAGUGUUGAUGAUUUUUAAAAAGUCACACAUUAGUCAACGAUUUCUCACUAUGUAUCUUUCAUUUCUUCCCUGCUAGUGUUGUUUUGAGAAUGUCUUCAUCCAGGUCAUGACAUGCUGGUAGGUUGCACUGAAACUGGACUUAAGCUUCUUGAAGACUUUUGACCUUUACACUCUAAAGCUUCUUCAGACUUAACUGACUGGAAAAGAUGUCAGCUAAUUAAAACGCCAGCUAGUUAAUGAGUAGUAAUGGAAACAACUAAGUGAGGACAAACUGCUGCAAAAGAAGAGCUGUCAAACACAAACCCAAACCUUUUGAGUCCCAAGUCGCAGUUCUUCCUUAAACAUUGCUGUCCCUGUAAAUAAAAGAAAAAGGAGACCAGAAAACAGAGAGUAAAAGUCAACUUUUUUAUUUGAAGUUGAAAGUAGACAUUUCCAGUGUAUAAUAAUCGUUUGUAACGUGACGUCAGAUCCUCAUUUACACAACUGGCCUUAGAAAACACAGUUGGACUUUGUGUGUGAACGAGCAUCAUCCAGUAGUGUUGAAUGGCUUUUCCUUUUCUUGUGCCUGCAAAUGUUCUCAGAGAAACCCCAUGCGUAGGACUAGACUAGCGUAUCUAAUUGAACCACAAAGACGGGAGGUCGGUGCCAGGGACACACGGGACAGAUGUCCCGUCGCCCCGGUGCAUUCUGGUACUGAUUCGGGCGAAGAGACAAGUUGGGAUUUGAGCCACUAAUACAUCCAAAACUUACUACAGCAGUGUGUAAAUGCCAGACGCUCACACAUACAUACACCCUAGAGUAAAAUGUACAGUUCACUGACCAUUCUAAUCUAUGAGUUAUAUUGCACAUGACAGAAAAUAAAUAAUACUUCUGAAUGACAUGUAUCAUACAUACAACAGAUGCCUCCAAAAUAAAUAAAUAAAUACAGAAAAUGUACUUUUUGUUGAACUUAU